AUCUUCUAUCAUCACAACGGCUUCCCACUUAGAAAAUUUAUCGUCAAGUUAUGGCGGAAAUGAAAAUGCUUCGUGUACUUGGAGGUAUUGGGGUGUUGUUGGCAACAACUAUGGCAGGGACGUUACUUCUGGAUCUCAAACCCCAGAGGAAAAUGGUCUUAUUUAGGAUUCAAAUAAUCCUUAUCUUUUUCAUGCUCAUGUGCGCCGUUACGCGUUUCGUUUGGAUCAACCUAACAGUCUUGCUUCCCUCUAGACGAACAGACUCCAAAACUUUACUUGUAGUUCAUUGGCUUUCCUAUGCUUUUCUCGUUAUAAUUGUUGCCCUGUCAUUUUUCAGCAUUCCUGUUUCAAGAUUGUCGAUCGGACGCGAACCUUUUUUCAUCACGAGGAUAGCUUUUACAUGUCUAGGGCUUGUCAUUCUGUUAUUCUUCAACCUCUGUUUCCUUAGCGCUAUUUUCACGAUUUUGUGGUUUUUCAAGUGCCCUUUUCCCAAUGCAAAUAAGUGGAAGGCUGUAAUAGCUUCCGCAGUUUCAAUUUUUCUGUGUAUCCAUGGUCUGUCUGCGGCAUCAAAAGGACCUUCUGUUGUACGGAAGACUAUUCCUCUAGCUAAACUGCCACCGUCGUUUUAUGGCACAACAAUUGUCCAGCUCUCCGAUAUUCACCUUGGACCCAUGGUUGGAAGCGCUGAUCUUGAGCGAGUGGUAAACAGGGUUUUGAUUAUUAAGCCAGAUAUUGUAGUAAUCACUGGGGAUCUCGUUGAUUCCACUGUGGAGAAAUUAAAACAAAUUAUUUUACCACUCAAGAAGUUGAGUUCGAGAUAUGGAGUUUUCUUUGUCACAGGUAAAGUUGGGAAGAUUUGCGUACAACUGAAUACAUUUAUUAUGAAUGCAGCAAUUUCAUACUACAGUGGAAGCUCUCCUAUGCAGACAGCUCUACUUACUCUACUUUUUUCCAACUCCCAUAUAAGCUCUUUAUUCCCAUAAGCAACCAGCUAAGCUACAGACACCUUUUUCACAGCCCAAGGGUGUCCACUCAUUAAAGCUUCCACUGUAUUUCACACAAAUACAGUUGAAAUGAGUAGGUUGAAACAUAUAUGCAUAAUAAAUGUAUGGGGUUGUACAGAAAUCUUGGCCGUAUAAUUUUCUGCGCAGUGUUUGUUUCAAUUAUGGUCAAGAGGAAAUCUCUGCUGAAGGUCAGUCCUCUCUACGACAGUUGGAGUUUAUAUCAGGGAACCUGCCCUUCCCCUCAAUACAAUCCCCCAAUCCGCCUCAAGACUAUUAGCCUCCAAUAGACAAACUUUAUUGGAGCCUCACUCUGUUGUUAUUAUGGUGUGCCCUUGAGAAAUGCAGUUAAUAUAGCUUUCUUUUUUAAAGUUUUUUUUCUGAGUGUAUUUUUUUUUAAUUACAAUUUUUCUUUGCAGUUUUGCAGUUUUUCAAUCCCUUUUCCCUGCUUCUUACAACUGCCACCCAUGUCUUUGAAUUCAUGGUCCACCUAACAGGCCUUUCCACGUUUUUUCAUCAACUUUUGACAUGAAGUGAGGGAAAAUUUGUUGACUUUUCUGGAAAGGGCACCUUCAAAUUAGUAAGAUUACUAAGUUUAAAGAGAUUUGUUGAAAAUUAUAAAAGAUAUAGCUCCUCAAAGUCUUGAAAUUUUAACAGGUGUUUAUAUGGUAGGGAGCACAACCUUGCCCCACCCAAGUUGGCAAGUUUACUAAUUUUAAAGUGCUUUUUCCAGUGAUGUCAAUGGAUUUUCCUAAACUUGUCCAUGUCAAAAGCUGAAAAAACAAGUGGACAUGUCUACAGUCAAACCUCCACUAACAGCCACCCCUCCACACUGGGCACCUCUCUACAACAGCCACAUUUUUUGUCCCGACGGGACAAUGACUCUUGUUUAAAGGGGUUGUGUCAUGGCAGUCCAGUUCAUUUUGUUUAAUUUUGCCAAUUACUCGCCCUCAAUCGCUAUGGAACUUUGAAGUAAGCAAAGAAAUUACAUGUAAAUGACAAAAAUCAGAGAUCCGUGAAGUUGCAAGCAGCAUGCAGAGAUCAACUUUGAAAAACUGUUAGGCUGAACAGUUUUCAAAAACCCUAAUUUCAAUCCGUUUCAAUCUUCUUCAGUUUUGCCCAUCCGUGGCAUCUGUUGUUUCUGUUAUGUUAUUUUAACCUUCCUUUAAAGUUUUAAGUGGUUAUUUUUAUGUUUCUCUUAAUUUAACGGGCAUUUUGUAAUUUUGUAAUUUGACUGAAUUUCGUGACACAGCUCCUUUAAACUUCUUUACAACGGCCACCUCUCUACAAUGGCAAUGGCCACUAAAGCAUGUCCCCAACUGCCAAAAUAGCCCCUCAACAAUGGCCAGUUUUUUUAUUGACUGAUGAAAAAGUCAAGAAUAGUCAUGAAAUUUGAUACACAUGGCACAUGGAUGAUUAAUCGUGUCAGUCAUAUUUUGAUUGUUUCAUUUAUACUGCUGCAGUAGACAUAAAUAAUUGUCUUGCUCGUUUUCUCACGUUAACAUUUUGAUUCAAAAUAUUAUUCAAGUUUUUUUGCAUAUUCUUUAAUCUAUACAGAAAAUCUAUGAUUGGAUUAUCAUUAUGGGAUACAGUAAGUAUGAACUUCGACACAAUAAACAUGUUGAACUCCAUAAGAAAAAUUGUUAUAUAACACUCCUACCUCCCUGUAAUGCCCCCCCCCCACAACAACCACUUCCUUCUGUUCCUGAGGUGGCCAUUGUAGAGAGGUCUGACUGUAUUUCAUUCAUUUGGUAGCAACAAAGCAGUAAUAACUCAUUGUCAUACUGAGCUAAAGGUCAUUUUCACAGGAAAUCAUGAAUAUUUCACUGGAGAUGCUGAGGCAUGGUUACAUGAACUAAAGAAGUUUGGAAUUCAUCCUCUCCAUAAUUCACAUGUCCUAAUAAGAAGCCCAACUAAUCCAGAAGACAAGAUAUACCUUGCAGGGGUAGAUGAUGUAGAAGCUGAUAGGUUGAGGUAAGAUAAAUCAAUCUUCCUGUAAAAUAAUACUUAUAAUAUAUAUAGAGAGGAGAAGUGUAAUGUCAGGUUACCAUGGUAGCAAUAUGCCUGGAUCUCAACAAUCUUUCUUGACAGAGAAGGCCAUUUGCAUUGUCAAACAAUUAAACUUUUAAGUUUUUAGAAAUGCUUCACAUUUACCUAAGUAUCCAUUGAUGCUAGCUCAAUGUAGUGUUCCCAGGAGCAACACUGUAUGUUUGCCCCACUCUAACUCUCUUCUAAAGAAAAAUAUUUGAUGUUGUUGUAUGUUAUUUUGUUUGUAGUUAUGAAGACCAUGGUAUGAAGCUAUCAAAGGCUCUCAGUGGAAAAAGUGCAAAAUACCCAACAAUCUUACUAGCUCACCAGCCAAAGGCUGCACAACAAGCGUUGAACCAAUUUUCAGAUAUUGAUCUCAUAUUGUCAGGUCACACUCAUGGAGGGCAGUUCUUCCCUAUGCACAUACCUAUUUAUCUAUUUAAUCCCUUCUUUGCUGGCCUUUAUAAGCACAAAGAAACCUAUGUUUAUGUUUCCUCUGGAACAUAUUUUUAUGGCAUACCUUUGCGAAUUGGUUCCACUCCAGAGAUAACUAUCCUCACUUUAGUGCAAAAGCAAUAA